AUGCACUUGAAACUUUUCGCCAUCCAAAACCUCCGUCUCAAACUUAUCACAAUUACAGCAAAACAACUCAAGGACCACAAAUCCACAAUCUACACUAUCGCCAACUUCCACUCUCAACCGAAUAAUCGGCAAAGCGAGAGCAGAAAAAGAAGCAUGUCGGAUAAAAACACCACAUCCCAAGAGUUUACCUCCUAUUACCUGCAACAAAGCACCAAGGAGUUCGCAGAGGACCUAGACAAGGUCCGCAACGCCGACGACUUCAAAGGCGAUGCGGUAGCCAUGCUCGUCAAGUCACUGCAGCAAGGCACGUCUCUAUUCUCGGCUGCCGACCAAGAGAGAAUACUGAAGGCGCGAAAAUCUGGGGAAGAAGAUAAAUGA